ACAGUGAACAUGGAACCAGUGGCCCAAAAGGAGAAAAGGGUGAAACUGGACUACCAGGAUUUCCAGGGUCCAUUGGCCCUAAAGGACAAAAAGGAGAACCUGGGGAACAUUUUACAAAAGGUGAAAAGGGAGAUAGAGGAGAACCUGGAAUAAUAGGAUCACAGGGAAUAAAGGGUGAACCUGGAAAUCCUGGUCCCCCUGGUUUAAUAGGAAGCCCAGGACUAAAGGGUCAGCAAGGACCUGCAGGCUCCAUGGGGCCCAGAGGACCACCAGGAGAUGUUGGAUUGCCAGGAGAACAUGGUAUCCCAGGAAAACAAGGCAUUAAAGGAGAAAAGGGAGAUCCAGGUGGGAUUAUAGGCCCUCCUGGACUUCCAGGUCCAAAAGGUGAGGCUGGUCCUCCAGGGAAAAGCCUUCCAGGGGAACCAGGAUUAGAUGGAAAUCCUGGAGUGCCCGGUCCCCGAGGGCCAAAGGGUGAGAGAGGAUUGCCUGGUGUCCAUGGUUCCCCAGGUGACAUAGGCCCACCGGGAGUAGGAAUUCCUGGCCAAACAGGCUCCCAAGGACCAGCUGGAGAGCCAGGUAUUCAGGGUCCUCGAGGUCUUCCUGGGUUGCCAGGAACUCCAGGGUCCCCAGGGAUUAAUGGAGCUCCAGGGAGAGAUGGAAAGCCAGGCCUGCCAGGCCCCCCAGGUGACCCGAUUGCACUUCCUCUCUUGGGAGACAUCGGUGCCUUGCUCAAGAACUUUUGUGGAAACUGCCAAGGCAGUGUCCCUGGGCUGAAAAGCAACAAAGGUGAAGAAGGAGGCACAGUUGAGCCUGGAAAGUAUGACUCUGCAGCCCGGAAGGGUGACAUAGGGCCACGGGGUCCUCCAGGAAUCCCAGGCAGAGAGGGACCAAAGGGAAGCAAAGGAGAGCGGGGCUACCCUGGGAUACCUGGGGAGAAAGGCGAUGAGGGUCUUGAAGGAAUUCCAGGCACUCCAGGUGCUCCAGGCCCUAUUGGACCCCCUGGCUUACUGGGAAGAACUGGACAUCCUGGUCCCAUGGGAGCAAAGGGUGACAAGGGCAGCGAGGGACCCCCUGGGAAACCCGGACCCCCUGGACCACCUGGAGUACCCUUCAAUGAAGGAAAUGGCAUGAGCAGUUUAUAUAAAAUCCAGGGAGGUGUGAAUGUUCCCAGUUACCCAGGGCCGCCUGGUCCCGCUGGCCCAAAAGGUGAUCUUGGCCCAGCGGGAGAGCCUGGUGCAAUGGGGUUGCCGGGCCUAGAAGGAUUUCCAGGUGCAAAGGGAGAUCGAGGCCCAGCAGGUCCCCCAGGAAUAGCUGGGAUAUCGGGAAAACCUGGUGCCCCAGGGCCUCCAGGAGUUCCAGGGGAACCGGGCGAGAGAGGACCUGUUGGAGAUAUAGGUUUCCCUGGACCAGAAGGACCUUCAGGAAAACCAGGAUUAAAUGGAAAAGAUGGAUUACCAGGUGCUCAGGGCAUCAUGGGCAAGCCUGGAGAUAGAGGCCCUAAAGGAGAACGCGGUGAUCAGGGAAUUCCAGGAGACAGAGGCCCACAAGGUGAACGAGGAAAACCAGGCCUUACAGGGAUGAAAGGGGCCAUAGGACCUAUGGGGCCACCAGGAAACAAGGGCUCCAUGGGAUCCCCCGGCCACCAAGGCCCUCCAGGCUCUCCAGGCAUCCCUGGUAUGCCGGCUGAUGCGGUUUCGUUUGAAGAAAUAAAGAAGUAUAUUCAUCAAGAGGUUCUAAGGAUCUUCGAAGAGAGGAUGGCAGUGUUCCUAUCCCAGCUCAAGCUACCAGCAGCAAUGUUGGCUGCUCAAGCUCAUGGGAGGCCUGGUCCACCAGGAAAGGAUGGGUUACCUGGGCCACCAGGAGACCCUGGACCUCAAGGCUACCGAGGACAGAAGGGAGAAAGAGGUGAACCUGGUAUUGGGCUGCCAGGUAGUCCGGGUCUUCCUGGGACUUCAGCUCUGGGUUUGCCAGGCUCACCUGGUGCCCCAGGGCCUCAGGGCCCCCCAGGACCCAGUGGAAGAUGUAACCCAGAAGACUGCCUUUAUCCUUUGUCUCAUGCCCAGCAACGGACAGGUGGGAAAUGAACACAUCUAGGGAAGAUUUGGUUCCUGGUGAUACCUCCUUGCCAUUGGAGC